AUCGUAAGCGUUUAUUUUAAAGUGAUAUUCUCACGAUUUUUAAAAGGGUUUGGCUGGACAGUGCGUCUGGUAUCUUGGCACAAAGUUAUUGAUUUUUCGUAGUCUCAUCUCUUUCCAUUUGAUAUAUGAAAAUGCCGGCGCCUGCACCAGCUGAAAAUGGGGCUCCCAGAACGGAAUUACAGGAGUUACAGCUCAAAUCCCAACAAGUUACUGAUGAGUCACUGGAGAGCACAAGACGGAUGUUGGCGUUAUGCGAAGAGAGCCACGAGGUGGGGAUGAAAACCCUGGUCAUGCUGGAUGAACAGGGGGAACAAUUGGACCGGAUCGAGGAUGGCAUGGACCAGAUCAACACCGACAUGAGAGAGGCGGAGAAGAAUUUGACAGGGAUGGAGAAGUGUUGCGGGUUGUGUGUGUUGCCUUGUCAGAAAGGUUCGUCGUUUAAAGAAGAUGAAGGUACAUGGAAAGGCAACGAUGACGGUAAAGUGGUAAAUAACCAGCCCCAACGCAUGAUGGACGACAGAAAUGGCAUGGGACCACAAGGCGGAUACAUUGGAAGGAUCACCAACGACGCUAGAGAAGAUGAAAUGGAAGAAAACGUUGGACAGGUUAAUACAAUGAUAGGUAACUUACGUAACAUGGCCAUCGACAUGGGUUCCGAACUAGAGAACCAGAAUCGACAGUUGGAGCGCAUCAACGCAAAGGGCGACUCCAACGCCGCCAGGAUAGAGGUGGCCAAUCAGCGGGCCCACGAUCUACUCAAGUAGACACACCCACACAAAAAUCAAACCGAAAUCGAGCCCGCGUCGACCUGUUUCCGCUGCUAUUAUUGCCGUCAAAAAAUGUUUAUUUAUAUCGCUGCUGUAACCGCUACCGUUUCAUAUCAUCGCUGCUUGGCGCGUGACAAUAAUUUAGGAGGCGUGGCGAGGGCGUGGCAGCGGGAAUUGGUCGCGGGAGUGGCCGCCGCCUGAUCGUAGUGGGGAUUGGUCGGUGGGCGUGGACGUUCAGCCUUUGUUUGUCUCUUGCGGGCGCGGUGAGCGAGGUUUUGGGAACAGGUUUCUACUGGCUUGGGAGGUUUGGUUGUAAAGUAGACUUAGUGUUUCUUUUUAACGAAUAUUAACUAAUCGUCUGCGUCCAUUCAGACCAAUCGCCAUCCCUAGAUCUUGAAUGUUAACACGGAUGUACAUAAAGACAUUUCUGACCCAUCCAAGGGUAAUAUAUCUACUUAACCUAACCAAACAAAAUAUUAUAUUUGUAUUUAUUAUCAUCUAGCUCCUAAGAUAUAUUUGCGAGUAUAUUUAUCAUUGUAGGCUUCAUGUUAUCGAUCAUCCGUUUUAAUGUAAAGUUUAAGAUCCGGGGUCGCGAGUACAGUAAAAUCUCUUUUAAAUCAAUAUUUAUUUUAGAUAGAAUUAUUAGUCUUUAUAGUUUGGGACCCUGCUGGUUCGAGGUCUGUUACUUUUUAAGAGAGAGGCUUUGCUGUACGUCGUAAUAUAGUUAAUUUUGUGGUGAAAUAUAUUGGGGCACACUUUUAUAAAUCUGUUGGACAGGGUGAGAGCAACGAAACACGAAUUGCCGUUGCCAAUCAGAGGGCCAACAAACUACUCAAGUCCUAAAGAAAAAUGGAUAUGCUAUUCACCUUUCGUACGCUACCUUCUCACAUCUUGAUGUUACUGGCUUAGCUAUUACUACCUAUAUAUUAUAUAGUUUACUAUUUAACUACUGAACGUCAGUAUUAACUCGACCCACCAGCGGCUAGAGCAAGUAGUAGUAUGAGGAUAGUCAUAGAUUAGCGCCGAGUUUAUUCUUUCAUAUGUAUGUCGCAGACGUAUGGGUAUAGUAUGUCUUUUUCUGAAAAACCUAGUCUAUAAAAUCAUCUAUAAGGUCCGCUAGAAGUACUACGCCUUUGUUUUUCUGUGUUGCACUUUGAAAAUGUCUUUUAUUUUGUUUUUAAAGUUUUCUGAGAGAUUUACACACUCUGCAUAUAAAGUGAGACACACAUGCAAACAAAUUAUGAAAUACUAAUAUUUUCUUAAUUCAUAUAGAAGCAUAACUUCAUAUUGAAACUCUAGGAUAUUAAAAUUCGGAAUUCUGAAAAUAUUUGUGAAGUUAGGUUAGUUCAAAAUAUGUUUCAUGCAAGCGCUUACUAGAAUAUUUUUAAGACAAGUAGAAGUGUGAACGGCAAGUUCUUCCUUAUGUUCUUAAGGUUAAUGUUAAAGGUAAGGUUAGGACUAAUACUCGAAGCAUGAACCCACCAUUAGAAAAUGAUAUUUGCGACAAAAGUAAAAUAUUACUUAAACAUAACCUCAAAUCCAAAGAAUAUUAAUUUGAUUUCCAGUGUGACUGGCUUUACGCGCAAUGACUAGGCUUUUCGUGAAACAGUAAAUUAUACCACUUUCUACGACAUAUAUAGAUUGUCACCCACAAAGUUACACCCCCUAUAGUUAGUGUCAAAUAGAAUUCAGACAUCUGUCAAAUAUACUAAAAAUGUUUUUAAGUAUGUUUUUAUCAUAAAAAUGUAAAAUAUGCAUAUAAAAAUGCUUGAGAAAUACAAAAUCUGGCAGAGUUGUCACGAUUUUAAAAAUUAUUCUCAAACUUUGCUCAAUAUUACAACUGAGUACAUAGUUGCAUUGGUACAUCUAGCAAUAUUCAUCCAAUACUUGUUUUAAAACUAUACUUGAAUUUUUAAUAUGACAGCUAAGUAUAAAGUAUGCUUUAGGGGUGACACCCAAAGGGUUUAAGACAAGCUGUGAAAAACUUAUUUUUCAACUGGUAAAAACUUUGUUAAAUGACAUCAAAGUUUUGACAGUUUUUCUUAUACGAUAAACAAAGAAUAAACUCCUCUUUGACAUAUCAGGUCCUCUCAUUUUUACCUCACAUGUCAAGUGGUCCAAUAAGACUUGAACGACUACUCAUUAUUCAGCCUCUGAAAUAGAAAAUAUCUGUGUAUAUUAUUAUCAUGUGAGACAAAAGAAGCAAUACCUUUAAAACCUGUUUUAACUCUUGUAUUAUUUACGUUAUUUACUGUAGUGUAUCGUUAUGUGCCUCCUGGAUUUUAGCAAAUCUUUCGUUUGGUUCGAGUUGACUUAACCUCAACUACUAUUUACAUCUAUAUAUGUAGUGAUUUUUAGCCAUAUAUUAUGUAAGUCAUGUUAUGGUUUGUACAAACGACUGGUUACAGUUUCCAUCAGAGUGUGUUAGCGUUUUAAGUUUAUUUUUUCCUAUGUAAUGGAGAUGCUAAGCCAAAAUUAUAUAAGUAUAUUAAGUAUAUUCGACUUGUGUAUUCGUUAAGGAAUAUAUAUUUUUUAUAUAAGGUGUGUCGGUAAAGAACAAUAAUUUGUAUAGUUUAAAAAACUUUUUUAUUUAUUAGAAAAACAAAAUAUAUUAAUAGAAACCAUUGAAUAUAAACACUGAGGUAAGAAGUAGAUAGAAAAUAUUGGCUUGGUAUUACGACCGCGAAGGGUUUUCAAUAUGGCUGACUUGACUUCCGGUUGUUCAGUGGCGUUCGUUUUCUUUUAUCCUGACAAAAUAUAAAAAAAUACUCACUAAUUUGCUGGGGUUUGUUUUACGGUGAAUAAAUAGAUGUUGAUAUCCAUUAUAGUUGAUUUUUUUAGCCUUUUCUUCACUUUUGUAAUAUGAACAAGAAAUGAUACAAAAUAAAUAUAGAGAAGCCCAAACAAACUCACAAAAACUCUUCGAGAGAAUUGUAAAUGGUGAUUCAAAAUGGCUGCCACGACACAUCCUUCCGUCUUUAAUGUACGAAUAUAAAAAUGGCGUUUGACUUCUUAUACGUCUUUUUAUUCAAUGGUCAAUUCCUGAUAUUUAUUUGGCAUCGUUAAAACUGAUUUACGGCUCAACUUACGUUCAUUGCGACGUUGCCGCACUUACCACUUUUUCCUAGUUCUAGUUCUUUACGGACACACCGGUACUACAGAUUAAGAAAGGCAAUACAGUUAAGGUACUUUGGUUUUUAGACAAUAAAAUGUUGGAAAUACGGUAAAUGUCUUGAUUUUUUUAAUCUGUGCUGCGUUUAGCGUCUCUUACUUUCUCUCAAACAUCGAUCUGCACGUUACCUUGCUGCGAUUGUUUAUCGAUUCUUAUUAGAAAUGUAGUAUCGCUAUCGAUAUUUUUCUUUGUCUUCUUCUGAUUCCAUUUCGGUGCCUCGUUUUGAUUGGGUCGAUUGGAGUGACGUCACCCGGUAUGCAACGAUCGCGGAUCCAUUUUAUUUUCGCCCUUAUAGCAACUAGGCUUAGGGUUGAAAUCGAACAAACGCAUAGAGAAGGAUGUAUUUUCAGUUGCAUACCUUGUAACGUCACAACUGUCGGACCUGUUGUCUGCGCCCAAGGCGAUUUAGGAUGCCGUCGUUAGAGUAGAAACGCGAAAGGCAUUUGGUGCAUUUUAAGCUUUAAAUUUGUUAAAUUAUUAUUCGAAAUGUUGAACAAAAACCAAGAGAGUUAAUGGAUUGUUACCCAAGCGGUUUGUAAAUAGGGGAAUCUUCUAUCUGUGCGUGUAAAUAAC